CUUACUUGUCAUGUGGUAGUCUUAUAUAUAAUAUAAUCCGAAAUAUACUAAGCUAAAGCUCAAGGCCGGUCUUCAUCUCCCAUCUUCAUUUCCUUUCCCAACUCAGAAAUUCCAUCAAUCUGACGAAUGUUCAGUGGUAGCCCUGAGCUUUCCCAAAAGUCCCUUCAAAUGAAGCAAGAUGAUAAGUUGAUCUUCUCUAAGGCUUUUUCCAGAGAAAGCUCCGUGGCUAACCCUUCUCUCAGGGUGUAUUAUGGAGGAGCUUCUGGUGCUGUUCCCUUCAUGUGGGAGUCUCGCCCUGGUACCCCUAAACAUCAUACACUUUCCGACACUGCGCUUGUACCCCCUCUCACUCCCCCUCCUUCCUAUUAUAGCAGUUCCAAUAAUAAAAAGUCCGUUAAGAAGAACAACUCAAGAUCCAAUCUCUUUUACGCUUUAUUCCCAAAAAUACGUCUUAGAAAAACCAAUGCGUCUCCGUCGCGCACUUCAGCAUCAUUCUCAUCAUCGGAUUCAUCAUUGUUUUCUCCAAUUACUACUACAAAGCUCAAGGGAAGGAAGCGAUUUUUAAGCCAAGGCUCAUCCUUCGAUUCCAGGGAAGAUCAUGAUGACGGGACCGUUCGUUCACCAACUUCAACAUUGUGUUUUGGCAUCGGUAGAGUACUGGCUAGCUCUGGCAGUACUGGGCCUCGCGGCUGACCGGUUGUAAUAUUUUGAAAGAAAAAAGGCCUUGUUGUUAAAGGUAAGAAAUUGAUAUGUAGGCGCGCUGCCUACAUACUUGCCUUGUUUAUGUUGCCUCAUUUGUUCGAUUGUAGUAACUAGUUAUCUAAACUACCUAAACUUUCUGAAAUUUAUGGUGGUAAACCUUGUUUAUUAUCAUAUCUAUCUGAAAUAAAAGAAAGUUGGGUCCCAAUUAAAAUGUAUCUAAACCAUGUAAUUUAUCAACAAAGCUCGUCCUUGAUCUUGUUCUUAUA